AUGAAUGCAGACUCAGCGAUUCCGCUGAUAGACUUUGACCAAUUCCUGAACGGUUCGACUGACAGACGCGAACAGGUUGCCUCGGCCAUCGAUGCAGCGUUCCGCUCCGUCGGCUUCUUGUAUGUGAGCAACCAUGGUAUCGAUCAAGAUAAGGUGGAUGAGUGUUUCCAAUGGAGCAAGCGCUUCUUUGCGCUUUCUGAAUCCAAGAAGAAUCUCAUACGACGCCCGCCUGAUAAGUCGAUCUACCGUGGCUACGUCGGCGUCGGACGCGAAAAGGUACGCGAGCGCGUCUGCAUCAAAGAGAGCUUCGAUACUGGGAACCCGGACGAGGAUGAGCAAACUAAUCUAUGGCCACCUGAGGAGCUGUUACCGGGGUUCCGCGAGUUCAUGGAGAUGUUUUACCAGGAGUGUUCGAAGCUUGUACGGCAAUUGCUGGACGCGUUGUCCAUUGCGCUGCACCUUGCUCCCGCCGAUUCACUGGCACAAUUUCAUGAAGCGUCAUUAUUUGCUAUGAGUCUGCUCUACUAUCCUGCUUUGCCCACGAAAGAUCUCCUCUCAGGCGCCCACACUCGCAUCCCCGCACACUCCGAUUUCGGCACCCUGACGCUCCUCUUCCAGGACGACGUCGGCGGAUUGGAGAUUGCGGAGCCAGGCUCCGCAAACACGGAGACGAGUGCGGGGUUCGAAAAGGAAGGCCGUUUCAGGAGGGUGGAGCCGAAGCCGGGAACGGUCGUGGUGAACGUGGGGUACUUGCUCAUGAGGUGGAGUAAUGGGCGCUGGAAGAAUACGGUGCACAGGGUUGUAGAGCCUCCAAACUCGACAAUCGGCGGAGACGAGAUGACGCCAGCGAGAUACAGCGUUCCGUUUUUCGCAUCCCCUGAUCCCGCGACCGUCGUCGAAGCUUUACCGGGGUGCUGGAGCGAGGAGGUACCGAGGAGAUGGAAGGCGAUCUCGGCUGGUGACUAUCUUAGGAGGAAGAGGCAGGCUGUGUAUGUUUAG